AGCAGACACACGCGCGCCCGCAGGCCCGCCUCCGCCCGCCGCUCGCUCCCCGCUGGGCGCCUGGGGCUCCCGACCCCGGUGGCAGGAAGGUGGCCUCGGGGGCGGGGCUGGGGGCCGGACCCCGAGUUCGCGGUGCGGUUGGAGGGUGGCGGUCCGCGCCGCCCGCCAUGCAGGCGCUGGGGGGGUUGCCGUCUCGGGGCUCGGAGCCCCCAGCAGGGUCUGCCCGCAGGCGUGGGGGUGGCUUUGGUGGGGCGGCGACCCAGCCGGCAGCUCCAGCCCGUGCCUGCACCCCAGUCCUGUGCCUGCGCGGGGCAGCUGGGGCCCAGACCCGGAGCCGACGCCCGCGGCUCGCCCGCAGGCCUGGGGCUCCGCGGGCUGCAGCCGGAGCGGACCGCCUGCCUCGGAGCUUUUACAGUGUCAACCAGGCUUCAUUCAUCCGCUGGCCCCUUCACGGACAUUCGAGCGGACCCCAGGUCCAAGCCAAGAUGGGCAGUGCGGCCACGGCGUCGCCCGGACACGACUGUGGACACUCGGCGUCAUUCCUCUUGGGGACAUGCCUGCGUCACACACAGGGCUCCCCACGUGGAGUGAACUGCAGGCCCCACAAAACCCGGACCCACACCCGAGUCUGCAACUUGUGUCGCAAGUAUUUCAUCCCACUGUGUCUGCUGUUCAGGACGUCUGCUUGGAGAACCACAUGUGCCACGUUUACAAGACCCAUCCAUGUGGUAGCAGGUGUCAGGCUUCGUUCCUUUCGAUGGCGGAAGGGUAUUGCCCUGCACGGACCACGUUUUGUGGAUCCAUCUGGCCAUCAGCGGCCAUCGGGCUGUGUCCACUUUCCAGUCGUCGUGACUAGCACUGUGGACAUAGGUGCCGGUCCCCCUCCGCGCCACCAUUACGGGUGA